AUGAAUUUUGUACUUCUUGCUUUGUUAGUCUCUGUAGCCUAUGGUAAGUCCAUUUACCUCAAAAUUGAUGUUUUUGUUAAUUGUACAUCUGUACUACAAUGUUUUUCAAUGUGUUUCUUCAAAGGUUUCGCUUGAUUUUUAUGAGAAAUCGUUUAUCUUAUCUUAAAUAAAAUUGUAUGGAGAUAAAUGUAAAAUAAUAUGUUUUAGCUGCUAAAUGUGAAUCUCCUCAACCAACAGUCAGUGGAUUCUCGACCACUGAUGGUUUCUUCCACUAUCAUACCUCAUAUAUCGUAGAAUUCUCUCUUCAAUGCUCAAACAAUCCAAAAGUAAGGAAUUUGUUAUCUUUUUGUUUUUAGAAGUUUUUGCUGAUUAUAGGGAAAUAGUAAUUUAAUACUUAGUUAUUGAACUAUAAAACUAUAAAUACCUUCUUGUGAGUUUCUGUAACAAGUUGCUGUUUUCAGGAAGUUCCACUGUAUGCCAAAAUCAACGGCAAGAUCAACCAAGUAGCUGUAUCUGAUGAAACAGGUAACUACCAAGUUUCGUGGUCGCUGCCAAACGAAGAAUCCUCAGCUCAGACCUUUAACGUUGAAGUCUACGACCAAGACCAAUACAACAAGUAUGUGAAGGCCAAAGGAGAAGGAGUAGAGCCAUCAUUCACUGUCAGCCACUACCACCCAGGAGUCACCAGAAACUGGCCCAUCUCUUCUGAAACUGUUGCUCUCUUGGUCGGAUUCUUGGGUAUCUACGCUAUCAUCAACUACAGAGCCGAUCUUAAGGCCUAA